AUCUCCGGUCUGUUAUUUAAACUCCUCCCCAAAGACUUUGGGCAACAGCGGCAGCGAUCCAACCGAUUCCAUGUCAGCACUUACAGAAAGCAUAGCACAGGAAGGCAGGAAGUCAAACUUGUUGCAGUUGCCACUGCGAUUACUACUUUCAAACAUAAACGCCACAAGUACAUUUGGAAAUAUAGGGAUUCUUACUUUCUCCUUCAUAUUGCCAGCUGGUCUUUAGCGAUGGACAAGCUUCGUCGUGUUUUAAGCGGUCAAGAGGACAACGAAGAGUUGGGUCUCACAGACCAGGUCCUUGAUGCCAGCACUCUCAGCUACAGCACCAGGGUGAAAUGGUUCGUCAUAUGCUUUGCAGGGGGCAUCCUGUGUUCGAUACUUGGUUCAGCACUGCUUUUCCUUCCAAAUGGAAUGAAGCUUUUUGCCGUCUUCUACACGUUAGGGAACAUCGCUGCUCUUUCCAGCACCUGCUUCCUAAUGGGACCACUAAAUCAGCUGAAGCGCAUGUUCGAUCCAAAAAGACUGAUAGCCACCAUUGUCAUGCUGCUCUGCCUCGUCUUAACUCUUUGUGCAGUGUUUUGGUGGCAUAAAAGGGGGCUGGCUAUCAUCUUCUGUAUCAUGCAGUUUUUGGCAAUGACAUGGUAUAGCAUCUCUUACAUUCCAUUUGCCAGGGAUGCUGUGAUGAAGGUCUUCACUACCUGUGUGAGUUAGGACCCCACGGCUGUGAAGACUUGUCCUAAUAUGCAAACUGUAAGAGCAGUGACUGUAAAAUAUACAUCCAUGUUGUUUAUACAUUAUAUCUCCAGAUUUUUACUAUGGCUUGUUUCAUACUGUGAAUUCUUGCUUUUUUUCAAGUUUAGCUUAAGGUCUGUAACUAUAUUCCCAUUAUAACCCCUUUUUUCUUUUGAUGUCAGAAUGCCUUUUCAAUUCUUAAUAUAUUUAAGAUUUCCCUAUGUUUCAUAAGAAUUUUAAACUAAAUGAGUACAGGUAAAUUAUUAUGAAUUUACAAAGUCCUUUACAUUAUUAUAGAUAUAACCUGUAAAUAUUUCUGACAUAUUUACAUUUUGAACUGUAGAUUUUGAAACGAUCUUCUUACCUCUUGUACACAAACGGAAGCGAUCUGUUUUCUUUGCAAGGCUCUGAUGUGUAAAGAGGCUGUCGGAUGCUCUUCCAUGUUUAUAUAUGAUUAUUUUCCCUUAGGCCAUUGAGGCAUUGCUUCACUGAUGAUGCACUGGGAUAUAUGAUAUCCAGAGAUUAAAAGCGCAGCUCCUGUCUA